CAGGUCUCAAUUCAGUCGAUGUAGCCUAAUGAAUGCGAUGAAAAAUGGGUGCUAUUGUCUGUAGGACUCUGAGUGUGAGACUGGGUGACAUUAUCAUCAUGCCAUCAGCGAAGGUGCUGAAGAGUGCCCAGUACAUUGAAUUGGGCAGUUACAAGUAUUGGCCAGUUCUGGUGCCCAGAGGAAUCCGCCUGUACACUUACGAGCAGGUGCCGGGAUUCCUACGGGAAAAUCCUUAUAUCACUGAUGGCUACAGAGCCUAUUUGACCUCUAGACUGUGCAUUAAAAGCCUUUUCAUUCUGUCCAAUGAGACGGUAAACAUCUGGAGUCAUCUGUUGGGGUUCUUCCUGUUCUUCACACUGGGAGUUUAUGACUUGUUGGCGGUGCUGCCUAUGUUAGGAGCAUCCAGAGAGGACUAUGUCAUCUACUCCAUAGGCCUCUUCUGCUUUCAGGUGUGCAUGCUGUGUUCUGUUGGCUAUCAUCUGUUCUGCUGCCACCGUUCCGAAAAAAACAGCCACCGCUGGAUGGCACUGGAUUAUGCCGGGAUCUCCAUCGGAAUCAUAGGCUAUGUUCCAGGAGUGUUCUACGCAUUCUACUGUAAUAACUACUGGCGGCAGGUGUACCUGGUAACCGUUCUGGCCAUGAUGUUGGCAGUGUUCUUUGCCCAGAUCCACCCUCAUUACUUGACCAAGAAGUGGCAGAAGCUUCGCUCUGUUAUAUUCUGUGCUGUGGCAGGAUAUGGCCUAAUCCCCACCUUUCAUUGGAUCUGGCUCAGUGGGGGUUUCAGCUCAGACAUAGUCCAGGAAGUUGUUCCCAGAGUGCUGAUAAUGUAUGUACUUGCUGUAGCUGCUAUCAUCUUCUACAUGUCCAAAGUUCCAGAGCGUUAUUUCCCAGGUCAGCUGAACUACUUGGGCUCCAGCCAUCAGGUCUGGCACAUAUUGGUGGUGCUCAUGUUCUACUGGUGGCAUCAGUCUGCACAUUUCAUAACCAAUUAUCGUCACUCUCACCCUUGCCCGGACCACCCUAUUCAUUCCUAGAGUUAUGAGAUCGAGGGACACCACUGAGGACUUGUAUAGCUUUUUAAAUUAUCUUUAAGCUUAAACACAUUGGAUUUUGUUUUGUUUUUUUGUCUAUUUUGAAACUUUUAUACAUUUUGUAAAUUGAUGUUUCAGUUUAAAUAUAAAUUAAAGGCACUUGAUGAGGUAAGCAGUUAGGCUUUUAAAAGCACUUUUAAAAAUCAAGGUGAGCACCAUUUCACUGGGUCUGCGUGCAUUUCUACAUUUAUAGAAAUCUACUUGUUGGGUAACAUGCAGGUUAUGUGGGCAAUAAAUCUGUUACAUACUAGUAGUUAAACAUUCAGUAUUAUAUUAUUAUCUGUCUGUUCAAUACUAUUUUGGUGUUUUCUUUUUGUAUUUGCACCUAAA